CAGUACCCGGCCGUCAUUCGAUCAACAAGAUUCAGAUAAAUCUUACGUUUCCUAUUGACUGUGCACGUAGUAAAGCAAAAAAUGCUGUUUCACGUAAAUGAUAAAGUGGACCUGUGGUGCAAAAACAGUAGUGAGCUCGAGUACGCGGAAUAAAGACUGAACUUGAAUUGAAAAAAAAAGAAGUUCAAUGAGAAAGAAGAGGUAGAAAGAAAAUUACCUCGAACUCGUUAAAAGUAAAACUUAAGAGCUGCUUCCAGGGAACUGCGAGGAGUAUAUAAAACGAUUAGGAAAAAAGUCUGAUGGUAAUUGUUAUUGGUUGCGGGAGGGGAGGGGGGUGCCGCUGACAGAGAAGCUUCAGGGGAUGCCAAGGUCAGAGGAAGAUGCCGUCGGGAGCAGCUUGGGGGUCGAGGCUGUUCCUUGUCUUAACGAUGACCACGAUCGUCAUAGCGAAUUAUCAUCGUCAACGCGAUAACUCCAUAUAUCGAGAACAUUAUAGUGAUAACGUGAGAAUGCAAAAUACAGCCCGGGCGCAGGUUUCAGAAGAAAAUGGGGUUCAGCUGCCUCCGAUGAAGUUGCCCCAUCUGAGGCAUCAUCACGUGACGCACUGGGGUCCGUAUUUCGAGAAUGCCGAAGGAGAAGGAAUCAGCGAGUCGCAAACUGUUGCACUGCAUUUAGGUACGAGCGCACUAUUGGACUGCCGGGUAGCGAUGCUGGCCGAUAAAAUGGUUAUGUGGAUGCGUCGUAGUACAGAUGGCGUGUCCCUUCUUACUGUUGGUAAAAAUACCUACAGCUCGGAUCCACGUUACAGUCUGAACUUCCAGUAUCCAAAUAAUUGGAGGUUGGCGAUAUCUUCGGUACAAAAGGAAGAUCACGGGCAGUACGUGUGUCAAGUGAGCACGCAUCCGCCAAGAAUGUUGAACACUGAAGUCACGGUUUUAGCACCGGAUAUUAAAAUCCUCGAUGAGGCUAGUCACGAGGUGCGGGAUCGUUAUUAUAAAACCGGAAGUGGUAUAGAGCUUUCCUGUAUCGUGCGACCGUCUCAGCCUGGUUCAAUCGUGCCACAUCCGACGUGGAAGAAAAAUGGUGAGAUGUUACCGGAUCACGUCAGCGUUUAUCGUAUAAACGGAUCGAACGAAGAAUUAGUGACGAGAUUUAAAAUCGAACGAGCGGAAAAGACUGACAGCGGCGUUUACACGUGCUCUCUUGGACAAUUCAGUACCACGAUGGUGCAGCUUCACGUGCUCAAUGGUGAAAAGCAAGCGGCAGUUCAUCACGAUCAGUGGAACGCCGCGAGAACAAAUUACCACGAAAGUCGCAACACAUUAUUCACAAUAUUAACCGCCUUCCUCUUUCUGCAAGCCUCGAGCACCUACUCGUUGUAAAGUACACUUUAAGAAAAACAACGCGUAUGUUAAACAUCAUACACGUGGGUGUUUUUCCAUGCCACUGCGCUUUCGACGUUGAUCCGUCGAAAUACUCGAGAGCCAAGCAAUUCCUUUGGAUUAAACAUUAAUAUCUGAUCGAUGUGUAUAUUAACUGAUAUGGCAGUACUACCCGUGGGUAUUACUGACAGUGACGUUUACGUAAUUGUCGUACGAUUGUGAUUGAAUAUAGGAUACGUGAGGAUACCUGUAAAUAUAAUAAAAAUUAUAAUAUAAGGAUAUGUCGAAGAUCACUUAAUAAUUGCGGACGUCUCAGUGACAAGUCGUAAAAUCUGAAUUUUGUGUAAUAUAUUCUAUUGGAAAUAGUAUCGAACAAACUCAAUGGAUUAUUAUCGACAUAUACAUAAUUAGUACAAUAAAAGCAGAUGAUAACAGUGA